AUGUGUGAAAAUGAGUGAUGAUUGUGUCUUUACUCCAAACAUAACUCCUAUAGCCGACUCUACAGUUGCUAAACCGUUCUGUGCCGAGAGAACGAUGUCGGGAGGGGAGACUUCGACGGAGAACUUAUUCAAGAAUAUCCAGGAUUUCUCGUCUGUACUCAAGGACUUAUCACUGAAUAUCGAGUACCCUCGUGUUGGAGCUAGACAGAGUCCAGGAGAUAAUAAUAAUGGAUCAGUUAGUCCUGCCAGAUCCUCGUUAGGACUCCUACCACCGGAGACUUUCGCCAAUAUGUCUGUAGCUGAUUCACUGGAUGGAUCCAUCAAUUUUCCGGCCUUUAAUCUCGGAAAAAAUAAAGAAAAUAAUGCUCCAAGAAAACAAAGGUAUGAGGUUGAAUCUGGAAUCCUGGAUGAAGACGGAGAAACAGAUCUAGAACUAUUCCUGGAUAAAAAGGAUUUAAAAGCUUUAGAUGCUAUGUAUACUCCGUCCGGGACGGAUACAGACAAAGAACCACCGUCCUCUCAUCUUGUGAGUUCAGGAGAAGAGUUGGCUAAACCUCUGGAAUUAUCUGCUCCGGAUAAGAAAGACGAGGGUGUUCCGUCUGCUCUUCUCGCUGCCAACUAUAGUCUCAACAAUACAGAUAACCAGGACUCGCCUAAACUUCCCCCAAGGAUACCAGUAGGUUGGGGUCAAUUCGAGUCCUUGAUGGAGAACAGUUCUGCUCAGCAGUCCUGGAAUGAUUCUGCUCAAUUAUCCUUUAACGGAUCAGGAUACCCGUGGGAGCAGCUUAUCCCUAAGCAUCCUAGUAUCCAGAUGAAGUCAAGAAUUGAUGAAGAGUCGGAGCUAAAUGAUCCCUUGGAUCCGUCCUUCUGCUCUGGCAAGAUCUCAGCAAGAUCAACCUCCCUGGGACCUACAGGAAAAAUUGGAGACUCGACGCGAGACGAGAACUUUAGUGAUUUUUCUAAACCUGCAAAUACAUACGCUUCCAGCUCAGGGUUUAGUCAAUACUCUGAUUAUCACCAGGACGAGAAUGACAGCGUGUUCCAUAGUGGGUUUCCUCCGCAUCAAGCCUUCAAUCCAUUUGAUGAUAUGGAUAACAUGGUGCAGGCUCAGGAUUCAGAUGAGUUCCAGGAGUUCGAUCAGGUCGGAGAGAAGGGUUUGACGGAGUUCCUGGAUCAGGAGGAGAAGGAGUGUCUGGAAAAGAAUCAGUUUCUUGAAGAAGAACCUAUGGAGGAACCCCAGAAUACUUCAGGGUUCUCCGGAAUAUCCGAUCAGAGUAUUGUUCUACGUAAUAACCGUUUAUGGGCUGGGGACACUAGUGGAGUAAACCUGGAGAAAUUACGGGAAGAAACUAGAUUGUCUAGAUGUGAAUACUUCAGACAUAAUUCUUCCAGGCUCGGUUCCCUCGAAGAUUCUAUACCUGAGGGAGAAAGACCGGUAUUCGGGUUUGUUCACAAGAUCAGAUCUCCGGAGCACCGUCCUCAACCUCUCUUGGACGGAAGUUUUGGCUCUAGUAAUGAGUCUAGUCGGGCUACAUAUAGUAUAGGACCCAGCAGUCAAUCAUCACACCGGCUCACUGAUUUGGUUCCUGGCAUCAGUACCAUCUCUAGUACGGAGAAGAUGAAGGAGUCCCAAGGCGGAAACAGUGAAACUUCUCAGGUUCAUCAAGGAAGAUUGAGCGGAGAGAGUGGUGGAUCAGGGUCUGGACAGAGCUCAGCAGAAACUACAUAUAUGCAGUCGGGAGAAAGUACCAAGACCGUGGUUUCUCUUUGUGAUCAGUCGGGUACACUGAAGGCUGAGGAUUUAGCUGAUAGGCUGGAAGCUCUGGCUGAUCAGCUAGGAAGUCCAGGGGGACCGAACGUCAGUUAUCCUGAUGUAGUUGAGGAUAGCUUAGGACAGGAUAGAGAACUGGAGAAAUCUCUGCAGGCCCUGGUGGAGGGAGAAAUCACCCUUAAGACCAUUAGUAGAGCCCUCUCGGACGCCAGUCUAAGCUCUGAUCCACAACACUUCGUAAAUCUUAUCCGAAACUCAUUAAAAGCAAAACUAGAAAAUGAAGAUAAAUCUGGGACAACGCUUGGUAAAAUGAACACUGAGGAUAAGUCUCUAGACAGUAUGUUAGACGAGCACUGUAUGAAGACCCUGGAUAAAGAGUUUGGAACUAGUCGGAACAGUAUUCUCUCUCAAAGAAAUCAUUCUCAGGCAACCAGUGUUGAACUCACUACAACGCCGAAGAAUACGAAACCAAAUUCUCUGGAGAAAGUCCGAAGAAAUCUGUCUGACGUGAAAAGCAUCGGGUUCCGAAACGAAAUCACGGGAUCUUUAGAGAAACUAAGAUCUUCUACGUCAAAUAAAAAUCCUCUAUCUAGCUCAGUAAAACCAAUAUCUAAACAUAACUCUGUGAGUGAACCUCCAACUCCUAGAGAUACUCCAACUCCACCACCUCUCAGUAAAUCCUCCUCAGUUCCCUACAAUCUAGACAAUUCAAGGAGGAGAAGAGCAUCAGCAACCCGACACAGUUCUCCGAUCAAGAAAUCUCCAAAGAAAACUGUCCCAACAAACCGAACCCCUUCUACGGAUUUAAAUAAUCUUCUUCAAGAAGCGGAGACAACGCCAAGUCUAUACUUAUCCUCAAGAAAACAUUUACACACGUCAACGCCAUUCCAUCCAAACCUGAACCUUUCCACCGUCAUUCUAGAUAAUCUUACCAGGAACAAAUCUAUUUCUCCGCUAGUGAACCCGGAUUUAUCAAUCAAUGCCGUUAACCUAGACGUAAGCACAGUAAGUCCUGACUUUUACACGUCUCUCCAUGUACCCCAAUCAGUGGGACGAGGAGGACCUGCUUCAGUCUGUCCAGUAACUUCGGCAGCACAGAUCAGUGAACCGUACUUUCAAAAGCUUUAUAUGACAGAUUUUGAGAGUAAUGAUACAUUUAGUUCUCAUUCAUGGAACAAACUGCAGGUGCCAAUAAUUCAUAAUUUAACUUUCGAGGUUCAAGCAUUAAUCAAGGUUUCCAAGAUAUGGAUCGGAAGCUUAGAUAUUCCAGAAGAGUUCUGGAAGAAUGUGCUGAACUUUAGCUCUGAGACCUUAGUGACAGUUAAUUCGGAAACUAAGUUUGUGGAGCUUGAUUUCUUUGCCAAGAGAGAAGGAGCCUUUGCAUUGAACCUUGGUUUAGUUUCUCCUGGUGGGUUAUCUAGCACUGGUAUGGCGAGAUUUCAAGUAGAGGAACCAAAUCUUCGGGUUCUUACAAGGAACGGACAAAGUAUAGAUUUUGGAACUGUUCCAACUGGAAGUGUGACGAGUGUUCCAAUUAUGCUGGUGAACGGAGGAACUCCAGAUCUCCAUCUCUACCUUGAGUUAGUUUCAUCCAGUUCCAUCUUUUCAUUCUCACAAUCUAACACUGAGAAGGUUUUGGAGUUCCAGAUCCCAGGUACUAAGGGGAAUGGUAAGGAAGCGGUUGCAAAAGAGAUCAAGGUCUGGGGGAACGCAGGACAUGUUCCUGAGUAUUCAGAUCCCCGUGUUUACGCUGCUAAACUUAUUGUCAAGCUUGGAUCAGCCACCAGCGAGAUUAUCCUUGGAACUAUUGAAAUCCUGUUCCGAGUUUGUUUCUCUAAACUUGUGCUCCCGACUACUGGGAUCGAGCAGUUUACAUGUAUAUCUGGAGAAAAGGGUGUUCAAACCAUACAAGUUUUGGCUCAGGGUUCCCUCGCUCUAGAUGUAGAAGUUUCUACAGCUAAUAUACCGGAGGGAAGAUUUAUGUUUGAGAAACGGUUCCAACUUGCUCCUGGUUCUGUGAAACCUCUUACUCUGGAGUUUAACUCUUAUGCCGGAUUUUACGGGAAGCGUUCAAUUGAGUUCACAUUCACAACUCAACCUGGAAACAUCGUCCACAAACUUCAUUCUCAAAUAAACAUCGUUCCUAAAGCUCAGGCAUCUAUUUUUAGUUCCAACAAUCCUGGUUUAAAGCUUGGUGUAAUGGGGGGAGGAGAUGAGAACCUUGAUAGGUUUCCUGUAGAAGCGGAUAGAUCUCUGAUAAACUGGUUUGCAGUUGAACCUGGAAGCUCAGAGGAACAAGUUAUAAAUCUUAGAAACUCAUCCAACUCGACAGUUGUGCUCAACAUCAUGAUCCGGGACGCAGAUUGUUUUAAAAUCUCAGGACCUGCCGGGUUAGAAACCUCGACUAAACUAGUCUUUGCUCCUAAAGAAACCAAGAUACUGAAUCUAGUAUUUUCUCCCAACAUAAUGAGCACUUUCAAAGGAAAACUGGUUUUAAAACCUCAAAAUAUGAAGGUAGGAGGGAAAAUUAUAAAAGCUAGUCUUAACCUGGUCGGAUCUGCCGGUUCCUCCGAUAUCCAAAUCCUGGAUCUGAAAUCUGUAAGUGAGUCGUCCUAUCUAGUUAACAUGGAUAAAGAACCUCCGACAAGACGGGAGUUUAGAAUUACCAAUACCGGUAGUUCUCCAGGGUUUGUUAAACUUCUGUGUACAGAGGAGAUAGGUAGGAAAUCUUUCAAGGUUCAGAUAUCUCCAGACUGCUUUAUUCUUAGUAAAGGAGAAACUAGAAUAGUCGCUGUCAAUUUCUCCAUGGAAUUUCACUUUAAUUCUGCCACUAUAUUAGUUUUUUUUGGACCAGAGAUAGUGAGAAAUGUUUACCGAAGGGCAAAAACACUUCCCGGAGCCGCUAGACUGAGUGGGAGUCCUGCGAUUCAUGGAGUGGAUUUCUCCAUGAAGUUCCCAAGGGAGGAGGAGAUCACAUCCGCCCAGUUCAGCGGAGAUCUAACAGGAGAAGACGUGAUGCACUUGUAUAAUAAGACAGAGAAGCAUACAAUCAAGAUUCAGCUACCAGAGAAGGUUGCAACAUUUGAUGAGUUAACCGUAGAAGAAACGUUGAGCGAAACCCGUCUUAACGCUACUUCAAUUCCUCACAGUCCCCCAACAACAGAUACAGUGCGCACUAGAUCUCAACUUCAGAUUUCUCCGAGUAUUGUUUCUCUUGAUCCUGGAACGGAAUCCAUAGUUAAAAUAUCCAAUCUGGGAUCUUCUAUUGUACACUGGGACUUAAGCUGGUCUUCAGGACACCUAACCUGCUCUCCUCCUGCAGGUCAACUUGCACCUGGAGCUCAAGCAAUCCUGCUCAUCUCAACUAGACAAGAUAUUAGUCUUGAUCCUCAGGGGUGGAAGGGUCAGGUUGAAAUAUUUAGUGAUCAUGCUGUAGACACUAUUAGCGUAUUUAUUAAACCUGCCAACUUCUCCGUGCAUAAGCUUGUAGUUAAUCCUACUCUGAUAGAAUUCGGAAACGUGGUUGUUGGUUCUCAGGACCGGAGAACUGUGAACCUGAGUAAUCCUACAGCAGACCUGGUUCAGUGGAGAGGUUUUAUUGAGAAAUCAUAUUUUUCCCUGGGACAACCCAAUGGUCUUCUCAACCCGUCACAGACUGUGAGUGUGCCGAUCAUGUUUAAACCUGAGGCUCCAGGAGCUACCAGAGCUGUUCUUGACUUUACUCUUAAUCCUCUUAGGGGAGGAAAAGAUGGUAUUACUGCUGGUCCUCCUGUCUCCUCAGUUCUUCAGGGAGUCGGAGUAUCCCUUCAGUAUUCAGAUCAAGUUAAAAACCAACCCAUCAAUUCCAUAGAUGCGUUCACGACAGAUAUUCUACCUCUGGCCGCCAUCUCCUACUCUAACCCUAACCAUAGAGUUCCUACAUCUGUAAACCUUUCCAAUGUUAAUCAACCCGUCUUCCUGCCCCCUCAACCUGGUUCUCCUUCUCAUCUACUCAACACUUAUCCAGUCUCCACCCCUUCUAGACAGGAUACAGAUUUAACCCUUGGUAAAACAACCGGAGCUAAAAAGUCCAAGGGGACAUUGAGCUUAGAGAAGGAUAAUAUUGUAUUUGAAACUGCGGUUGGGAGAACUCAAGUUCUAAAGGUUAUGAUUAAGAACCGAACUCCCGAAAAUCAGUUCAUUAAAGUGUUCUUGGAACCGGGGAGCCCGUUCUUAAUUAUCCAUGAGACUCUGGAGGUUAAAAGUCAAAGUUUCUCCCGGUUUCCUGUUCAGUUCAAACCAAUCCGACCUGGACGGUUUGGCGCUCAUCUCCAAGUCAGCUCAGCGUCAGGAUUGAACCUAGUUGCAACCCUCUCCGGAUAUGCCACAAUAAAUCCCGGAGAUUCUCAGCUCAGUCUCUCCCCCUCUCCCAGAUAAAGUUUUAUGCCGAGGUCAAAUGAUCUCAAAAUAUUUUUACAGAUUAGAUUAAAUUUAUUGUCUGCUUAGAGAUAUUCUUUAAAGUAUUUUAUGUCCAGUUUAUUAUUAUAAAUCAACCAUUUAUUCCGUUUUUCUAUGUUUAUUAUCUAUGUGAGAAAGUCUUUCAUGAGAAUUGGUCUCAUACAACGGUCUUCAAUAUAGACAACCGAGUCGGUUUUAUUUAUGCCCAAUUCCUUCCAGUACUAACGGUUUCAGAGGCUUAAUUGGGAAACUUUGUUAGCCCCCCCCCCCCCCCAUCCCAUCCAAGUUUAAGCACUGUAUUUCUCUUUUCUGACCAUGCUUUUUCUGUUUCUUUUUUAUUAAGCAUUUCUAAAUCCCUGUGUACUGUAUUGUUAAAAAAAUGAAUAUAUAAUGUAAUUGAAUGCUUUUAUUAUAUUUGCAUGCAGCUAAUAAUGCUUAUCUAAUACGCCUCACGGUACAAUUAACACAUUACUUAAAAAUACAAUAUAUAUAUAAUAUAUAUUUUUGUCCAUUGAA